AUGACAUCCAAGCCAACCAAAAGAUCCGCAACAGUUGCAUUGGAUGCAUCAUUACAAAACUACAACAAGAAUCAGAUAAUUCGAGCCAAAGCUCCUGACCGACGACAGGUGUUUAGACAUGUUCUGGGAACCCCUUUUGUAACUGACUGGUCAUAUCCAAGCGAUGCACAACAAAAGUCGAUUCUGACAGAAUUCUGCUCUUGUGCUUCAUCUGUAGGUGUUCAUCGCAGAAAACUGCAGCAGCAACACAAAUCCAAAGCUCACAAGUUGAAAAAAAACGAUACUAGUACAGACAUUGAGCAAAAGGACUCUUUGGUCGAUAUUUCUACAGCCUUGGCACCGUUGGAAGAUCUUGUUGUUGGAAUCAAUGAUGUUACCAAAGUACUGGAAGGCAUGAUUGCACAUAAAGCACAUUUGGAAGCAUCGAAAGCUGACAAGCAGAUAUUGAACAAGAGCAAAAAAACAGCUCAAUCGAUGCCAAUCACUGAUGCAUUAGCAGUACCAGUUACUCAACUCGGAUGUAUCUUUGUAUGUCGUGGUGAUAUGCCUGUUGCACAUACCUAUUCUCAUUUGCCAACCAUGGCUGCUAUCUGUAGCGAUCGCUUUUGGAUCUGUGCAUUCUCUGCUGGGGCUGAAAAAACACUCGCAUUAGCUCUUGGAUUAAAGCGUGUUAGUGUAUUGGGCAUCAAAGCAGAUUCAUUGAGAUUUGAAAUGGUUCAUAAACUUAUUCAACAGGCUUGUAACAAAGUGCAUAUUCCUUGGCUUCAAAAUCCAACUAAAGUGUCGUAUUUACCGACCAACAUUCGCGCCAUUAAAACCGUUGGCUUAAUCAAGACUAGAAAUACUAGAGUGACUGCAAAGAGUGCCAUGUCGACACCCCAGCCCACAGUCGUAGACACUGUAAACAAGGAUAAACAAACGAUCUCAUUAAAACGAUCAGUCGAUGAGCUGGAUAAAUACAGAUCAAAGAAUAUGCCAGAUUUGGCAUCUACAGUCGAUGCUUUAGCUAAAAAUACAACUGUUGCUGACUCGGAUACGGAUCACAAAAAGACAAAAAUAAACCAUCAACACUAA